AUGGUCCUCCCUGCCAUUCGUAUUGGCUUCAUGGAGUCACCAGCUCAUAAAUUGGGUCCAGGCCUGGCUAUCCUUCUCGUCUGCCUCGUCUGCCUCUUCCUGUGCAUCCAGGCCUUCUUCCACUUCGGCCCCUGUCGGCCCCUACCUGGCAUCCCUCGCAACAAAUUGUCCUGGAUGGGCUUCAAAGGCGACAUAAUCGAAGUAUUCAAAGCGGGCAACACCAUGGACUGGCUCCUUGAGCAAAGCCGCAAGCACGGUCCCAUCUGCCAGCUGUUCCUUCGCCCACUCAAACAGCCCUUUGUACUCAUCUCGGACUACACAGUGGCGCAAGCCAUCAUGCUCAAGAGAAAAGAGUGGGAUCGCUCAGACUAUUCUAUCGAAUUGCUGAGCGGGCAGGCGCCUAUGCAUCACAUCAAUCUCAAGACUGGUCCCGAGUGGAGGGCGCACAGGAAGCUGAUCCAGGAUCUCAUGGGACAGUCCUUUCUGAAUAACGUGGCGGCGCCAAAUAUUUACAGCAGCACAUUGAACCUGGUUGAGCUGUGGACCAUGAAAGAAAGAACUGCCAAUGGACACGCCUUCAGUGCGACAGACGAUGUCAUUCACUCGACACUUGACGCUGCCUGGGCUUUCACAUUUGGCGAUGCGUUCCCAGUCAAGGCCAUUCACCAAGGAACAAUCUCGUGUGCUCCUGUUACAUUCACGGAACACAAGGUCACAUUCGGGAGUCCGUCACAGCUCCCGGCUGUUGAAGCGACACUCGGUGCAUCGGACAUUGUGGGUGAGUUGGCGGCGUCCCCUUGUCCGACCACGUCGUGGUACAUAAUGAGGGCCACAUCGAAGAGGGUCAAGCGCCACCUUGCUAUCAGGAGAGAAUACGUACAAGAGCAGAUCAUGGCAGCCGUCGAGCGACUGCAUGUGACAGACCCGGUGUUGGCAGAGGGCAAGGUCAAAUUUACGUCCGCCACAGAUUUCGUGGUUCGACGUGUCAAGGACUGCGCUGAAAGCGCUGGGGAAGUUCCAGAUUACCUCUCAGAGACCGUAUUCGGACUCAUCAUUGGCGGCCAUGAUACGACAAGCACCACCAAGUCAUGGGGCCUGAAGCAUCUUGCCGACAACCAAAUUGUCCAGGAUCGACUACGCGCAUCUCUCAGGGCUUCUUUUUCCCUUGCCACACAAGAGAGGCGCAUGCCUACAGUGCAAGAAAUCACUGGUACUUGUAUACCGUAUCUUGACGCGGUCUUGGAGGAAAUCCUCCGCCUGGCUUGCUCGCUUGCCAUUCUCGAUCGGCAAGCCACCUGCGACACUGAGGUUCUGGGUCACCAUAUACCCAAAGGCACAAUCGUCAUGAUGCUGAAUCGCGGUCCUUCCUUCACGGAGCCAGCAUUUGAUGAGGCCCUGGCUGGUGGCUUGUCGGUUGCCGGGACGGGGUCAUCGUGGGUUGUGCAUACCCUUCACCACUUUAUGCCUGAGCGUUGGCUGGAGACCAACGACCAAGGUAGAUCGUUCUUCAACCCCAAGGCAGGUCCGACGCUGCCAUUCGGCUCGGGUCCUCGAAGCUGCUACGGAAGAAAGCUGGGGUAUCUGGAUUUGAGAAUCGUCUUUGUCUUGCUCGUCUGGCGAUUUAAGCUGCACAAGUGCGCACCCGAGCUGUCGACGUAUGACGCGGUCGAGACAUUGACGUACAAGCCAGAGCGCUGCUACGUCAAUUUAGAGUCCAUCAAGGAGUGA